UUUUUUCUUAAGAGGAGAGGAGCGAGCCUCUGCUACUCCAGAUAAGACGAGAAGCCCCGGAGGAGAGACGACGUCUCCUUGGCCAAGUUAACGAACCCCCUCCCACUCCCUUCAGUCAAAACCCCAGAAAAAUAAUAACACACAGAGGGGGAAAAAAAAGAAACAUGGACGAAAAGGCGUUCACGAAAGAACUCGACCAGUGGAUCGAGCAGCUGAACGAAUGCAAGCAGCUGUCCGAGGGGCAAGUGAAGACGCUGUGUGAAAAGGCAAAGGAGAUCCUGACAAAGGAGUCAAACGUCCAGGAGGUGAGAUGUCCGGUGACGGUGUGCGGCGACGUGCACGGUCAGUUCCACGACCUCAUGGAGCUGUUCAAGAUCGGAGGGAAAUCUCCGGACACAAACUACUUGUUCAUGGGGGACUACGUGGACAGAGGGUACUACUCCGUAGAAACCGUCACUUUACUAGUAGCACUCAAGGUACGCUUCAGGGAGCGCAUCACGAUCCUCAGAGGGAACCACGAGAGCAGACAGAUCACACAAGUCUACGGCUUCUACGACGAGUGCCUCAGGAAAUACGGAAACGCCAACGUUUGGAAGUACUUCACAGACCUGUUCGAUUACCUCCCACUCACCGCCCUGGUAGACUCUCAGAUUUUCUGUCUCCACGGAGGCCUGUCACCGUCCAUAGACACGUUGGAUCACAUUAGGGCGCUGGACCGUUUGCAGGAAGUGCCACAUGAGGGUCCCAUGUGCGACCUGCUGUGGUCGGACCCCGACGACCGCGGAGGCUGGGGCAUCUCCCCUCGAGGAGCUGGCUACACAUUCGGUCAGGACAUCUCCGAGACGUUCAACCACGCCAACCGCCUCACUCUGGUGUCCCGGGCCCACCAGCUGGUUAUGGAGGGUUAUAACUGGUGCCACGAGAGGAACGUGGUGACAAUAUUCAGCGCACCCAACUACUGCUACCGCUGUGGCAACCAGGCAGCUAUUAUGGAAUUAGACGACACUCUCAAAUACUCCUUCUUGCAGUUUGAUCCCGCACCUCGUAGAGGGGAGCCGCAUGUCACUCGCCGAACCCCAGACUACUUCCUGUAAAGUCUGACCUUUGACCCUUGUACAGUCAAGUCAAGUAUUGCCAUGAUAUACGACUUUAAACUGAUAAUAACGUGAAUGAAGAACGGGAGGGUGGGGGACUUGGGUGUGGACGCGGGGAGGACAUGGGGAGGGGGAGGGCAACACAGCAGUGCACAUUGUAUAUCCACACAAAGACGUAUUUAAGCAUUUAGCAAAAACAAUGUCUGUGUUUAUGGAUGGACCAAAAAAAGGUGUGUGCCAUAAUCAUUACAAUAUUCAUUGCUGAGGACUUGUAAACGAAAACCUCCUCCAUUAUUUAAGAACAACAGCGAUGGUUAAAUAUCCUGUACCCGCGUAGCUGGACUGAUGGCACUGACGUCCACUGACAAAAUAUACGCUACUUAAAAACUGCGGCUGUUUGACUCCCACAUGCCAUGGCUUGUAUUGAGAUGUGAAAAUGAUCUGUUUGCACUUUUGUAAAUUUAAAGAAAUGUAACAUAUGUCAAAAGAUAAAAAAACGUAUUUCUCACUACUUUUUUCUUUCUUUUUUUUUUCAUUUUUGAUUUUUUUUUUUUUUUUAAUUACAAAUAAAGCCCCCAUCAGACAAGUUUUACACAAGAUUUCUUUGGAAAAAACCCUUCUUAUGCAGUCACUCAGCUUGGUAUGAUACAGAUGAUGGAGCGUUCAUCCACCUCACCUCACUGACUCCCUCUGAACUACAGAGUCUGUACUAACUACAUUUGAAUAAUAAAGACGAAGGUGGCUUCUUGAUCUGAA